AUGGGUGGGGUGUCACUCUCACUCAGAAUGUUAUAUGUGGGAGGAACAUGUGCACUACCAUUGGCAACUUCGUUUCCACCAUCCCCUAAAGAAAUAUUGGCUAGCAUUCAACAUUCAAAGAGCACUAUUUUGGCUACUGUACCAUUAUUUCUUGAACAGCUGAUUCUAUUACUACAUCAGGACGACAACAUCGGUUUUCAGAUGCUAGCUCGUUUAAAGUUCGUCUCCUGCGGUGGUGCAGCUUGUCCGCCUCAUAUCGGCAAACAAUUGACCGAGCGAGGUGUAAACCUCGUUAUCGGUUAUGGUUCAACAGGUCAGUGA